GGUGAACCGGAUGUAGAGAGCAGCUUCCGGCGCAGACUGCCCGCACGUGUGUUUUGAAGGCUUCUGUUCGGUUCGCUCAGAAGCCACCAUGACGUCAUUGGCUCUCCAGCUGAAGAGGCUCGCGCUGCCUCAGAGCGACCCCAACCUGCUGACCCGUAAAGAGGUCGCCUCACUGCUCUUCGAUCCUAAAGAUGCCGCCACCGUGGACAGGAGCACCUUCUACGCCCUGGGCUGCACGGGGCUGGAGGAGCUGCUGGGAAUUGAGCCGGCGUUCCUGGAGUUCCAGGACACUCUGUUCAGCCCUGCGUCGCUGACGCUGGAGCGCAGCGUCCAGUCCAAGGAGGUCAACGAGAAGCUGGAUGCAGGAAUCUCGCUGUUCCUAACGCGGCUCUGCCCCUAUUUUCUACUGAAGCCGGCUCACAAAUGCAUCGAGUGGCUGAUUCAUCGCUUCCACGUCCAGCUCUAUAACCCGGACAGCCUGCUGGCCUGCGCGCUGCCGUACCACGACACCAACCUGUUCGUCCGCGUCGUCCAGCUGCUGAAGCUCAGAGACGCCUCCAGCCGCUGGAACUGGCUGCGCUGCUUGCAGAAACCGGGCGUGCCGCUGUCCAGGGGGACUCUGAUCACACACUGCUACUCAGACCUGAGCUUCAUGGACUUCAUCUGCUCCAUGGUGACGCGCUCCAUCCAGGCUUACUCCGGACACUCGGAGAGCUUCUCUCAGCUCAGAGUCAUCUUCUCCUUCUACGCCUCCACCAUUGUCCCCGCUCUGGACGCUGUGGACUCUGUGUCUGACUCCAUCGUCGCCAAACUGCUGCCAUAUGUCCAGAGGGGUCUGAAGUCGUCCCUGUCGGACUACAAAGCCGCCACCUACAUGAUGGUGUGCCAGCUGGCGGUGAAGGUGGUGAUGGAGGCCAGCCUGGUCGACAGCCUGACCGUGCAGAUCAGCAAGUCUCUGCUGAAAGAGCCGGUCCUGGCCAAGGAGGGUUUGGGCUGCCUGCUGGUGCUGCUCCAGAACCAGAAGGUGGAAUGUGUCGGUCCCAGAGCCGUCGGCAGUCUGAUCUCCAUGGCGACGCUGGUUCCAACGCUGCAGGUCCUGGCGGCCGGUCAUGAUGUCAGUCCUCUGCUGCGGUACCUGCUGCCUCACCUGGUCCAGCGUGUGUUCUACAGCAGCUCAGGUGAGAAAGGGACAGACGGCGUGAACGUGCUGGAGGCCGUCCUGAGCUCGGUCCCUCUGACCAAAGACCUGGAUGGAACCGUGGGCCGGCUGCUCCUGGAUCAGUAUCUGAAGCAAACGGAGCUCGCCGCCGCCGACAUGUCGGCCCUGGAUCAGCGCCUGCUGCCUCUGCUUCGGCUGUUCGAGUCCAAGUACUGCCACGCGCUGGACGCUGUGCUCUCUGGUCAUGUGGUCGACAGCGACCCGCAGCAGAAGCGCCUCUUCCACCAGUUCCUGUCUCUGUUCGUCAGCAGCGGGAAAUUCCAGAUUCUAGACGACUCGGACACGUCGCUGCUCCUCAGCUUGAAGCACCCCCAGCCUUCGGUCCGAACGGCGGCUGUGGAUCAUUUGAUGAGCCUCAUCAGCUCGGAGCAGCAGACCUUGGACCAAACGUUCCUGAAGGACGCCGUCGCGGAGCGCCUCAGUGACGACGUCCCAGAAGUGGUCUCCGCCGCCCUCCGCGUCCUGCAGCUGCUGCUGGACGUCCUGGACCCGGAGGACGUGGUGUCAUGGCUGCUGUCGCUGCUCCACAGAGUCCGCCCGUCCGCUCAGCAGUGGAUGCCCGUGCUGACGGUGGCGGUGCGUUUGCUGUCCGACGGCCGGCUGGGAAACGGAGAUGCUGAGUUGAUGCAGAAAACAGGCUGGAAGCUCCUCCCCCUCCUGGUCAUCACCUCGGCUGAACUCGGACUGGCCGCCUCCAUCGCCCAAUCCGCCGUCUUCAGCCAGCACCCCCUCACUCUGGGCUGGGCUCAAGAACUGCAGGAUGUGAUGAAGAGGAGCUCUGAGCCUGACUUGGUGGGCCUGGCCAACCAGCGCCUGGUCUCCACGCUGACGAAGAACCUGACCAACAUGGAGCAUUUCUCCAAACGGGACGCUCUGGAGAAACUUCUGGUUCUGGUGGAGGAGCAGCGGAGCGCCGGCCUGAGAGGCAGGGCGCCCUUCCUGGUUCUGACCCGGACCCUGCUGAUCAGCCUGGGGGAGCUGAGCCAGACGCAGCACCUGCUGACGGCUCAGAAGGUCUACACGCUGCUGGAGCUCCACCUGCUGGACGUGAUGCAGAACGACAACAGCGAGGAGGCGGAGUUUCCCCUCCAGGUGCCCCCCUCCUUCUCUGAGGCUCUGGUCGUCUACCUGAGCAGAUGUGAGCAGCAGCCGUCGGAGCGUCUGGAUCAGGGCUUCAGCUCGGUUCUCAUCACUCUGCUCAGAGACUUUAUCUCUUCACUCAGGUGUCCUGACACCUCAUUUAAAGACCAGGCAUGGUGGAACCCAGAGAAGAUGGACACCAGCACCUGCUGCUACCUGGGCCUGAUCUGCCGCCUCUUCGGCGUUCUCAUCAGCAGCGCCGCUGAGAGCCCGUUUGCCUUCAGCUGCAGGGAGCUGAUGAAGCUGCUCUUCAGGGUCCACAUGCAGGAGCCCAUCGUGCUCUUUAGGUUCCUGAGCCUCGUCUGGGGAUACAGCGGUAACCAUGGAGACCAGCUGGACGUAAAGAUUGGCGCCGUCCUGCAGACCAGAGCGCUGUACUUGGGCAGAGCCAUAAUGGAGGUCCAACCGGCCGCAGUGCUGGACCAGCUGGCGGCUCCAGACUCACCAGUGGUCCCCUCCUUGCUGUGCUGCGUUCGUUCUCCUGUUCGGGAGGUCCGUAGGGCCGCCCUCAGCGCCCUUCAGAGCCUAUCAGGAACCAGCAGCCUGCCCUUCCAGCCAAUCAUAGAGAGGCUGCAGAGAACCUCAGAGGAGAUCAUAGCUGACCCGUCAUAUCUGAGCACGGUUCUCUCUGUUCUUCAUGACGAGUCGUUAUCCAGCAAAGUCAAGUCGCAACAGAAGAAGCUGCAGGCGGCGCUGCAGCAGCUGCUGCGGAACAUUCAGGACCCCUGCUGCCCGUCGUACACCGCCGCCGCCCUGCUCAGGGCGCUCAGCCUCGUCAACGGAAAGUUCAUCCUCUCCGCUCUGCUUCCUGUCCUGGAACGCCUCCUGGAGCAAACCGGACCCGACACGCCUUCCCCGCUGCGCUCUGAGACCCAGCUGCUGCAGCUGGUGCUGGGGAAGUUUAACGAGGCGUCGGCGCCCCUGCUGGCCGAGGAGCAGAACUGCAUGGACCUGUUGGUCAGAGCUCUGCGGCUGGCCGGCUGUCAGAUCUGCGCCCUGGAACAGAUCACCAAGCCGUUCUUCUCGGCCCUCGGAGACGAGAAGGUGCAGCAGAAGCUGCUGUCGGUGAUGUUCGACCUGCUGGCGGAGGGUCGCAGCCCGCUGGUGGCCGGUACGGUCAGCAGCGUCUUCAAAGCGAUCGCCGUUGACGCUCAACUGGUGGCCAAUGAGCUCGCUCCUCCUGACAAACCAAAGGUCAGCGUCACGGUUCAGCAAACCCGCAGGAGCAGAAUGGUUCCCAGGAAGCCUCAGGAGAGCGACGCUUCGUGUCCAGAAGGGGGCGCUGUGCCGUGGCAGAGAGUCACACUGAUCCUGGAGCUGCUGCAACACAAGAAGAAGCUGAAGAGAGCCCAGGUGUUGGUGCCGGUUCUCUUCUCUUUGCUCUCCAGGAGUUUGGAGCCGUGUGCAGACGAUCAGACAAACAUGGAGUACACCAAGCAGCUGCUGCUCAGCUGUCUGCUAAACAUCUGCAACAAGCUGUCCCCUGAUGGCGGCCCCAUGGCUGCAGAGGUCCUGGAUGAGGAGAAGUUUAACGUGGAGCUGGUGGUUCAGGUGAUCCGGUUGUCAGACAUGCCUCAGACUCACCACCACGCCCUGCUGCUGCUGGCCGCCACCGCCUCCAUCUUCCCCGAUAAAGUCCUGCACAACAUCAUGCCCAUCUUCACCUUCAUGGGAGCCAACAUCCUGCGGCUGGACGACGCCUACAGCUUCAGAGUCAUAGAGAAGACCAUGGCGACGGUCGUCCCGGCGUUGGUCCAGGCCCACCGGCUCUCCGACGGAUCCUCCGCCCCUGCCAUGGUUGCCGUGGUAACGAAGAUCAUGCACGUGUUCGCCGACGCCCUGCCCCAUGUUCCUGAGCACCGGCGGCUGCCCGUCCUCGGACUGCUGGUGACCGCGAUGGGCCCCGCCCACUUCCUGUGGAUCCUCCAGCUGCUGCUGCUGAAGCUGCACGCCACGCAGAGCGGCGAAGCCGGCGACAAGGACGCAGCUCUGGAGCGGGACAUGGAGUUCUGGAUCUCCCUCAGCUGUCAGUUCGACGUGAAGCAGCAGCUCAGCUCCGUCAUCAACAUCCUGAACUUCCUGCUGCAGCUGCCAGACGAUAAAGAAGCUCCGCCGAGGCGGCCAGUGGGUCGGCGAGGAGUCGGGAGGAAGCAGGAGGAACCUGAGAGGACGGAGGAGCUGAUCUUCAGCGUGGAAACUCACAGCAGCAAGGAGCUGCGGCACUUCAAGUUCCUCUGCGUGUCGUUCGUGGCUCAGCUGCUGGGCUCCAACACCUUCAUCCAGAAGGUCUCAGAGGAAACCGAUGACAGCGGCGAUGACAGCGGCGCUUCCCUUCAGCAGCUGCAGCAGAGGGUUCUGGAGGAGAUCCUGCGCUACAUCCAGUCUGUGGCUCGAUGCGUGGAGGAGAACGCCGACCAACCCACCGCCAAGUUCUGGAGAGUUCUACUCAACAAGUCCUACGAAGUCCUGGACCGGGUGAACGCCUUGCUGCCCACAGACACCUUCAUCACGGUGAUGAAGGGGCUGAUGGGAAACCAGCUGCCGUCGGUGCGGAGGAAGGCCAUGGAGCUCCUCAACAACAAGCUGCAUCAGCGCCCGCAGUGGGAUGAUCAACAGGUGUCGGCACUCCUACAGAUGACCUCCGACCUCCUGGCCGUCGUUAGGAAGAGUCCUGGGAAGGAGUCUGAGGAGGCGGAGCAGGCCAUCAACAGGCAGACCGCGCUCUACAGCCUCAAGCUGCUCUGUCGCAAUUUUGGCUCCGCCCACCAGGAGGUGUUUGUUCCCGUGCUGCUGAUGGUAGUGGACAUCGUAACGACGACGAAGGAGGAGAAGAACGUUAUCGGCAGCGCUCUGCUUUGUAUCGCAGAGGUGGUCACUGAGCUCAAGGCGCUCGCCAUCCCUCAGUUACCAAGGUUGAUGCCAGCUGUGCUGCACGUGCUCAGUGACAGGAAGGAGCUGCUAACCAAUGAGAUCUACCAGCUCAGCGCCGUCACCGCGCUGCAGCGCGUCACAGAGACGCUGCCGCACUUCAUCAGCCCGUACCUGCAGGACAUCAUACUCCAGGUGUGCCGCCUGACUCGCCUCACAGAGACCUCCUCCUCUUCCUCCUCCUCAUCCUCGCCUUCCGCCCAGCUCUGCCUCCGUGUCUCAUCCCUGAGAAGCACACUGGCCACCAAGUUGCCCCCCCGGGUCCUGCUGCCGACCCUCUCUAGGUGUUACAGCUCUAUGGUGGAGGACAGGAAGGACCAGCUGGAGGCGCUGAUGAGCGUCCUGAAGGAACACAUCGCUCAGAUGGACAGCGAGCAGCUUGCCGUCCACCAAUCAGAGCUCACCACCUUCUUCCUGACGGCGCUGGACUUCCGGGCCAAGCGCUCACAGGGCGAUCUGCAGAGGGCGUGGCAGGUUGAGGGCGGAGUCAUCGACUGUCUGAUCACCAUGGUGAUGAAGCUGUCCGAGGUCACGUUCAGGCCACUCUUCUUCAAGCUCUUCGAUUGGACCAAAUCGGACAGGAAGGAGCGCCUGCUGACGUUUUACCGCCUCUGCGACCGCAUCGCCGAGCGGCUCAAAGGACUCUUCGUCCUGUUUGCAGGAAGCUUGGUGAAACCUCUGGCUGACGUGCUGAAACAGACCAACAGCUCCAGAACAGAUGAGCUCGUCUUUGACUCGGAAGAGAAGAACUGCCUGCUGCUUCAGCUGGUCCUUGACGUUCUGCAGAAGAUCUUCCUGUACGACACACAGAGGUUCCUGAGCAAAGAGCGAGCCGACGCCCUGCUGGGUCCGCUGGUGGACCAGCUGGAGAACGGGCUGGGCGGGCCGCAGACCUACCAGAACCGGGUCACCCAGCACCUGGUUCCCUGCGUGGGUCAGUUCUCCGUGGCGCUGGCUGACGACGCUCAGUGGAAAACCCUGAACUACCAGGUCCUGCUGAAGACGAGGCACAGCGACGCCAAGGUCCGCUUCUCCUCCCUCCUCCUGCUGAUGGAGCUGGCGUCCAAACUGAAAGAGAACUACGUGGUUCUGCUGCCUGAGACCAUCCCAUUCCUGGCAGAACUCAUGGAGGAUGAGUGUGAGGAAGUGGAGCAGCAGGUCCAGAAGGUGAUCCAGGAGAUGGAGAACAUCCUGGGAGAACCUCUGCAGAGCUACUUCUAGCAUCACGGCCCACCUUUAGGACGUUCUGAGGAGGAACCAGAACAAAAUGCUGUUUUUACCUGAUCAAUAAAUGUUUUAAUUUUCUAAACU